AUGACUAGUGUGUCAGGCCUGGGUAGGAUCCGGCCGGCCGGGCCUCUCUGUAUCCCCCGGGCCUCUCUGUAUCCCCCUACCUUCCCCCAGCCCCCUACCUUCUCCCAGCCCCCUACCUUCCCCCAGCCCCCUACCUUCCCCCAGCCCCCCUACCUUCUCCCAGCCCCCUACCUUCCCCCAGCCCCCUACCUUCCCCCAGCCCCCUACCUUCCCCCAGCCCCCUACCUUCUCCCAGCCCCCUACCUUCCCCCAGCCCCCUACCUUCUCCCAGCCCCCUACCUUCCCCCAGCCCCCUACCUUCCCCAGCCCCCUACCUCCUCCCAGCCCCCCCCUUCCCCCCAACCCCCUACCUUCCCCUGCCCCCUACCUUCCCCCUGCCUCCCUACCCCCAGCCCCCUACCUUCCCCCCCUGCCCCCUGGCCCCUACCUUCCCCCUGCCCCCCCUACCUUCCCCCAGCCCCCUACCUUCCCCCAGCCCCUACAUUCCCCAGCCCCCUACCUUCCCCCUGCCCCCUACAUUCCCCAGCCCCUCAGCCCCCUUCCCCAGCCCCUACCUUCCCCAGCCCCCUACCUUCCCCCUGCCCCCAUUCCCCCAGCCCCCCUUCCCCCGGCCCCCUACCUUCCCCCUGCCCCCCUACCUUCCCCCGGCCCCCUACAUGCCCCCUACCUCCCCCUGCCCCCUACAUUCCCUCAGCCCCCUACAUUCCCUCAGCCCCCUACAUUCCCCUUGCCCCCUACCUUCCCCGGACCCCUACAUUCCCCCUGCCCCCUACAUUCCCCCAGCCCCUCUACAUUUCCACAGCCCCCUACAUUCCCCCAGCCCCUCUACAUUCCCCCAGCCCCUCUACAUUCCCCCAGCCCCCUACAUUCCCCAGCCCCUCUACAUUCCCCCUGCCCCUCUACAUUCCCCCAGCCCCCUACAUUCCCCCAGCCCCUCUACAUUCCCCCAGCCCCUCUACAUUCCCCCAGCCCCCUACAUUCCCCCAGCACCUCUACAUCCCCCAGCCCCUCUACAUUCCCUCGGCCCCCCCCUACCUUCCCCCAGCCCCUCUACAUUCCCCCCAGCCCCUCUACCUUCAACCUGCCCCCUACAUUCCCCCAGCCCCUCUACAUUCCCCCAGCCCCUCUACCUUCAACCUGCCCCCUACAUUCCCCCAGCCCCCUACAUCCCCCCCCCCCUCUACAUCCCCCAGCCCCCCCUACAUCCCCCCUGCCCCCUACAUCCCCCUGCCCCCUACAUCCCCCUGCCCCCUACAUCCCCUGCCCCCUACAUCCCCCUGCCCCCUACAUCCCCCCCCUACAUCCCCCCCUCUACAUUCCCCCAGCCCCUCUACCUUCAACCUGCCCUUCUACCUUAGUACAUCUUUAGUGUUUCCCUGGUAA